CACCUAAAGCAAAUUACUAGUAGUAAAGCAAGAAACGAGCUACGUACGUACACAACACACAUAUAUACAAUGGCGUCUCCGGCCGCCUCUUCCGCGGUGCUCGCCGUCGUCCUCGUGGCGACCCUCGCCGCCGGGGCCAGCGCGGCCACGUUCACCAUCACCAACCAGUGCCCCUUCACGGUGUGGCCGGCGGCUACUCCGGUGGGCGGCGGCGUGCAGCUGGACCCGGGGCAGACGUGGACCAUCGACGUGCCCGCCGGCACCAGCUCCGGCAGGGUGUGGGGCCGAACUGGCUGCGCCUUCGACGGCUCCGGCCGCGGGGGGUGCCUCACCGGCGACUGCGGCGGCGUGCUGUCGUGCAGCCUCUCCGGGUGGCCGCCGCUGACGUUGGCGGAGUUCACGCUCGGCGGCGACAAGGACUACUACAACCUGUCGGUGAUCGACGGGUUCAACGUCCCCAUGAGCUUCUCCUGCAGCUCCGGCGAGACGCUCACCUGCCGGGUCAGGGACUGCCUGGACGCGUACCACUUCCCCGACGACAACUCCAAGCUGCGCUCCUGCAACGGCAACAGCAACUACCAAGUCGUCUUCUGCCCUUAGUAGUCAUGACGACGAUGACCUACUCCUCGUGCAUGCAGCUUGGUGCACUGGCUUUACUGCCAUAUAUAUGAUCAUAGCUAGCUGCUGGUUAGGGAAAUAUUAUUAUGUAAUAAUAAAGUCGAUUGAUAAAUAAAACCACUGUAGGACAUUACCA